CGUGUCUUUUUCUUAAUUUUCUUCAUUUCUCGUGACAUAUUACCUUAUUUGCGCCACAAACCAAAACAUGAAACAAUAUAAGAAACCCAGAUCGACUUCCUUGGGAGCUAGUUGAAAUUAGAGAAAUGGAUCACAACAGAGAAAGUUCAUCGCUUGAUCAGACUCACUUCCUGGAUGUCCAUGAAGUCUCACCUCAAGAACACGAAGAAGAAGAAGAAGAAGACGAGGAAAUAAGAGAUAAAGUUGGGAAGAAAGGUUUAAAGAGAGUACCCAACAGAGUUGGAGAAAUGAAGAGAUCUGUAGGGCAGAAGCAGAAGAGUUUUAGCAGACAAGUAUCACUGGAGACUGGGUUUUCAGUGUUGAAGAAAGACUGGAAGACGAAAGAUGAAAGAAGAGUUAAUCUGCCGAGAAGUGGACGUAGCUUUGGAGGUUUUGAUUCAGUGAACAGGAGUGGGAAAGGAGAUUUCAGUAUCUUCAAAACUAAAUCAACUCUUAGUAAGCAGAACUCAUUGUUGCCAACGAAAAGAGAUAAAUCAGAUCAAAUGGAGUCCCAACAAAAUGAUCAUCAUGCCUCUAAUGGUCUUGAUCAUCAUCAUCAUCAGCCUCUCAAUACAAGUGUUCCUGCUGGAAGAUACUUCGCUGCUCUUAGAGGCCCUGAACUAGACCAAGUCAAGGACUAUGAAGAUAUUCUCCUGCCAAAAGAUGAGAAAUGGCCAUUUCUUCUUCGUUUCCCAAUUGGGUGCUUUGGUAUAUGCCUUGGCCUAAGUAGCCAAGUGGUUUUAUGGCAUGCUCUUGCAACAAGCCCAGCUACAAGAUUUCUCCACAUUACACCAUUCAUUAACCUUUCUCUCUGGCUAUUAUCACUGGCAGCUCUAUUCUCAGUCUCAUUCACUUACCUCCUCAAGUGCAUUUUCUACUUUGAGGCUGUUAAAAGAGAAUACUUUCACCCAGUUCGAGUUAAUUUCUUCUUUGCCCCAUGGGUUGUGUGCAUGUUUCUAGCCAUUGGAGCACCACCAAUGGUGGCACCCAACAAACUACAUCCUGCAAUUUGGUGUAUUUUCAUGGCACCUUAUUUCUUUCUUGAGCUAAAGAUAUAUGGGCAGUGGCUGUCUGGGGGGAAAAGGCGAUUGUGUAAAGUAGCUAAUCCAUCUUCCCAUCUGUCUGUAGUUGGAAAUUUUGUUGGGGCAAUUUUAGCUGCCAAGGUUGGAUGGAAAGAAGCUGGAAAAUUCUUGUGGGCAGUUGGGUUUGCACAUUACCUUGUGGUGUUUGUAACUUUGUAUCAAAGAUUGCCAACUAGUGAGGCAUUGCCUAAGGAGUUACACCCAGUUUACUCCAUGUUCAUUGCAGCCCCAUCAGCUGCAAGCAUUGCUUGGGACACUAUUUAUGGUGAGUUUGAUGGACUGUCAAGAACUUGCUACUUCACUGCCUUGUUUCUCUAUAUAUCUUUGGUGGUCCGGAUCAACUUCUUCACAGGUUUCAGGUUCUCUGUGGCAUGGUGGUCAUACACCUUCCCCAUGACAACUGCAUCAGUAGCAACAAUAAAGUAUGCAGAGCAUGUUCCUUGUUUCUUAAGCAAAGGUCUUGCCCUAAGUCUGUCAUUCAUGUCUUCAACAAUGGUUUCUGUAUUGUUCAUCUCCACUCUUCUUCAUGCUUUUGUUUGGAAGACAUUGUUCCCCAAUGAUCUUGCAAUUGCCAUUAGUACUGAGAGACGACAUGUCAAGGACAAGAGGCCUUUUAAAAGAGCUUACGACAUAAAACGUUGGACAAAACAGGCUCUCACGAAAACUAAUUUUGCAACUACCAACAAAGAUUUUCGUGGGACAAAAUGAUGUAGGCUAUGAAGCCAUUUUAUAAAAAUGGUAGAAUUUUUUUAGAUUUUUUAUAUUAGUAUAUGUAGUUAUAUAAUUGUAACAUCCUCGUUAUCCCAUAAUUAUGACUUUUUGAUGAUGACAAAUCUCACUUUACUCUUUAAGGCAAGUAUAUAAGAAUUAUAAAUAAG